AUGAUUGACUCUAAAGCCCCAAUGCCAUGGAUAGGCUUAUACGCUGCUGUAGCAUCUCUAAUAUGGACUGUAGCACUUACGGCUGAUACAGUGCACUCUAUCCGCCAUAGAAAAUUAUGGUUCCCUUGCAGAUAUUCUGCUCUCAAUGCUGCUUCCUUGACUGUGUUAGCCAUCGCAGUGAAGUUGUCAAUGGACCUAACUACACCGAUGCCAGGUAUGUUUGAUCAAGCGGCUAAAAGUAUUAGCACUGCUUUCUUGUGUGCUUCAACCACUCAUUUCAUGCCUUCUCUGGGAUCCAUGAGUGAUAGAGGUAUAUUAGUGAACUUGGCUGCAUUGGGUAUCCUUAUAGUGACACUUACAGUAAAUGUUAUCAUCCAAGUAUUCACAGGCGUGAUUAAAGAUGAUUUCCAAGUGUUGGUUGUCUUUAUGAAUGUUUAUACGUUCAUUAUAUUGAGUUCUUCUACUUUAACAGUGUCUACAAGUAAAAGGUAUUUGGAACUAAAGUAUAACGGAUUGCACAGAAGAAUUUCGUCGGAGGAACUACAAGGAAACAAAAUAGUGGACUUCGACAAGUUAAAGUUGCGCGUGAAGAAGUACUGGGUCAUGGCAGAAACAGUAUUGUCAACAAACAAUAAGCCAGAAUUUGCUUCCGAUUAUAAAUGGUCAGUCUAUCUUAUUUAUUGGACUCAACAUGUAGGCAUGGCUCUUUGUGUUGUCAUGUCCUUGGGAAGAUUUUUAGUAGCUUUAAUUCACACUGUACGGAAUAUUAGAAAAUGUACCAUCUCUAGCAUUUCCUUAGAAAUGAAGAAUUACAGGAUCAAAAGAUUGGUAGAGUGGAAAAAGGGACUUUCAUUAUUACAAGUUCGAGGCCAGAAGCUUAGAAAAAUUAUUUAUCACAUCAGAAAUCUACUUCUCAACAUUUGUAUAGGAAGUCAAAUAGUGAUUGUGAUUGUGAAUAAAUUGCUUGUGCCAAUCUCAAUUUUUGGAUAUCUCUGCUUAAUGGUGUGUUCAAAAUACGGUCCCAUAAUAUUUAUAAUCCCAUUGAUCAUCGUACUCUUUUUUUGUAUCUUGAGGAUAAGAAUCAUUAGGUGCUUGGUAAUGUUGAAGAAAUUUUCCUUAAGAGAAUCGGAGGCCUCAUUCAAUCCCAGUGAAUCAAAAUACAUGCUUGGCUAUGAGCAAGAUCUUAAAAAUUUUGUUUUACAUCUAGAAAGUGAGGCAAUACAAGAUGGAUACCUGAUGUUCAUUAACACUUCUAUUAAUUCAUCCAUAAUUUUCGGUGCGAAGCAUCAGCCUAGAUAUCUAAUGGAGCUUAUGAAAAAUUCCACCAGAUUUGAGGGUGUAUUAGAAUUUGAAAGUGAUCUUGUCUCUCCGAUAAUUCUCAUAGAACCUCUUAAUUGUUGGAGUCUAUCCGUGGCAACACUAACAAGUAUCAUGAUUUCUCUUCCCAAUGUUCAAAAUGAGAAAAGGAAUCAAUUUUUAAGAAGUGUCAUUGAAGGUUUUAAGUAUGUGUGCCUUGUAGAGAAAAGUAUGGAUGUUCAUAAGAAAUUGUUGAGCAGCACGAGUGCUGCAAGUUUUGUGUGGGUUGUAGUUGAAUUGAGGCACAAGUGCAAUCUUGAAGGACUUCACAAGUAA